UAUCCUCCGUUUUCAGUCUUCACUUUUCUAGACAGCUAAUCAGCUGUGCAAAACUUCCCUUUGCUACUCUUUCCAUAAACUUCCAUAGAAGAAAUAAAUUGGAGAAAAUGGGUUGGUUUCCUUGCACUGGACCAUCCAAACAGACCUCAAAGAAGAAAAAUUGCAUCGAUUCAGUUCAACACUCUUCUGAUAAGUUGAAAGCAAGGAAUUCAUUAAGCACAAAGGAAGUUGUUAAGGAUGCAGGGUCCAACCAAAUUGCAGCCAAGACUUUUAUAUUUCGUGAAUUAGCGGCCGCAACAAAAAACUUUCGAGGUGAUUAUCUUCUUGGAGAAGGAGGCUUUGGUAGAGUAUACAAAGGGGUGAUUGAAUCCAAUCAGGUCGUUGCGAUCAAGCAACUUGAUCGUAAUGGAUUACAAGGCAACAGGGAAUUUCUUGUCGAAGUGCUGAUGUUAAGUCUGUUACACCAUCCUAACCUUGUAAAUCUAAUUGGCUAUUGUGCUGAUGGAGAUCAGAGACUUCUCGUCUACGAAUAUAUGCCAUUAGGGUCAUUGGAAGACCAUCUUCAUGAUCCUACUCCAGGUAAGGAACGGCUAGACUGGAACACAAGAAUGAAAAUUGCUGCCGGAGCAGCAAAAGGCUUGGAAUAUCUACACAGUGCAAGUCCUCCUGUAAUAUACCGUGAUUUAAAAUGCUCAAACAUUUUGCUUGGUGAGGGUUAUCACGCAAAGCUCUCUGACUUUGGCUUGGCCAAAUUGGGGCCAGUAGGAGAUAACACCCAUGUCUCUACAAGAGUUAUGGGUACUUACGGUUAUUGUGCGCCAGAGUAUGCCAUGACUGGACAGUUGACUUUGAAGUCAGACGUUUACAGCUUUGGGGUAGUCCUCUUGGAGAUUAUUACAGGCAGGAAAGCAAUUGAAAGUUCAAAAACCGGAGGAGAUUUCAAUCUGGUUAUAUGGGCAAGACCAUUAUUCAAAGAUCGGAGGAAAUUCUCGCAGAUGGCUGAUCCAAUGCUGCAAGGCCAUUAUCCAGUAAGGGGAUUGUACCAAGCUCUAGCAGUUGCGGCAAUGUGUGUUCAGGAGCAACCCAACAUGCGUCCAGUCAUAGCUGACGUUGUCACGGCUUUGACCUACCUUGCUUCACAAAAAUUUGACACUGAAAACCGAGGCAUCCAAACUUCAAGGCCAGGACCUGCUACUUCACCUAGAAUGAAACGAUGGUGAAAAGUAACAAAUAGGUUAAAUGGAGCUAUGAAACUAGAUGGUGACGGGCGAUAAAACGAGAUCAUCUAAAAAGGGGGGAGCCAAGACAAAGGGACCUCUUGAAUACCAGCUAAGUUGAAAGUACAGAUAGCAAACCAGAAUCAGUGGCACCUUGACUGCAGGUUCAAUAAUAUUGAACUAAAUUGGCGCGACAAAUAUUUUAUCCCUCAGAAGUCAGAUCAACUAUGAGGUCCUCCCUUGUUCUUUUGUCAGUUGAAGCUGCUUGUUCCCCUUAAGCAUAGCAUUUAUAGGCGAUUUGCGUUUGUGCAAUUUGUGGUUUUGGUCAUUCUUUGGUAGACCUCCAAAGCCUGGUCCGGUAUUUUGUUGUACAGACAUGGCUUAUAUUUAUGAGUGCAAGUAUAUGUAUUAGAAUAGCUCAUUAUGAUGUACAAUCGUGUGAUUGUGUUUCUUUCCUAUAGCCAUAUCUUUGAGGAAAACGCAUAAAAAUGUAAUACUACAAGUUAGUAUAUGACUCUUGAAUGUUGCUGAAGAACAUUUUGUUAUCUUG